AUGGUGAAACACACGGAGGGCUCAAGUAAAACCGAAUACAAGAAAUGCAAACAUCUAGAGUCUUUUCCCUCGGGAGAAAAAGAAUUAUGGCUGAUUAGAGCGCCCAAGGGCCUGGAUUUGAGCAAGUUGAAAGAACUGCCGGUGGACUUUGUAGGCGAUGGAAAGAGUGUCUUCCAAUCGCAGGGUCAGGAUUUCGAGGUCAAGGAAGAGGCCAACAGUGAGCAGAAUGGUCUAGUGGUGUUGAUUCCUGGAGAAGACAAACAGACAUUGGUUGGCGGGCGCGACGUGAGCCGUGUGUUCUCUAUCAACGAAUAUGUGGACCUAGCGCAACAGGCUGCAUCCAGGAAGAGAGAAGUGAGCGAUGAGGCUCCUACGCCCAAGAAGCGCAAGCGCGAAGACAAGGACAAGGAAAAGGACAAGAAGAAGUCGCGCGAUAAGAAAGACAAGGCGGACAAGAAGGAGAAAAAGGAAAAGAAACACAAACAUAAAAACAAAUAG